CGCACGCGCGCUGAGCUCUCGCGCGUCGGUACUAUGCUUCGGUGGUGAAUACUGAAUGUGCUGUGCAGUGUACGUACUAAACUAAAAUCAAAAUAAAAACGGUGAUUUGUGAACAAAAUGAAGUCGACUAGCGCCGUGGCGCUUUUCCUACUAAUCGUUACAGAAUGCUCUGGUGCACAUUCAGAACGCUCGCGGCAGCGAUCCGGACCGAUCCGGAGCGUGCCCGUAGCAGCCGAUAUCAAACGAGACGUCGACUUCGACUGCCCUGAGGAGUUCGGUUACUACCCCCACCCCACCGACUGCACAUUGUACUACGUCUGCGUGUUUGGCGGCGCCCUGCUCGAGUCAUGCACUGGUGGCCUUAUGUACAGCCACGAGCUCCAAACAUGUGAUUGGCCGCGCAACGUCGGCUGUGACGGCACCAGCGCCAUCGGCGGCGAGGACUUGGAGCGCAUCAGCGAGCGAGACCAGAAUCGGGAACCUCCCCCUCCACCCCCACCGCGACGCACUCCCCCGCCGCCGCCGCCACCGCGUGCGCAGCCCAACCCCGUAGUCACUUCUAGAGGACAGCCCAAGUUCAAUCGCGAGGAGUAUGAAAAGCAGCAACAGCUGUACGCCGAAGUGGAUGAUUUACCUCCAGUCGAAGAAAUCGAAAGUGACAGACAACAGCGUGUUUACCGAGGACAGCCAUCCACCAUAGGACAGGUUCAGAAAGACAGAGACGGUUACGGAUCCCAGGUCGUCAGCUCGCGGACUCUCAAUGCUAAUAUCAUUCCAGCUUCGAUUCCCCAAACUAGUGGUAAAAUUGGAUCUUUUUCGUUUGGAACUCAAGUGGAUGACAGAAGAACUGCUACCGCUACUCAAGCACCGCAGACUUACAGCCUGGAACCGACUGAAAGCGUAACACCGGCGUCCUAUUCAGCCAGUCCUCGUCCUAAGAUGCUCUACAAUGGGUCUCAAGCCUACAGUCCUGACCAAUACGAUCCUUAUUAUGCUGUUUACGACGAAGACGGCGAGCUGUAUAAGGAUACAGACUAUGUGCAGCAUUAUAACACGGCAUCGCUCCGUCCUGCAGUCCAGCAGACGUACCGAGGCACUCCGCCGCCGGCUCGACGCCCUGUGGAGGCGUAUACCCCCAGACCUUCGCAAGAGGAUUACGACGACGCUGCUCUUAUACACGGACAGAUAAAUAAUCAAAAUCAAUACCAAGCACCAAUUCGCCAUUCGACCAGGGGCGAAGGUAACGAAUUGGGCUAUGACAAUAAUCCGAGCAGCGUGAAGACGACUCUAUACGAAGCUACUUCUAUAAGCACCACUCCUUCUACAACCAGCACUAGCACUACACAACGCCCGACCACCGCACCCUUCACCGAAGCUAUGACCCCGUCUCGAUACACUCCAAGAUCAUCCACAGAUGAAAGUCCUAUUCGUGUUCCUGAACCCUCUUCUGAAAACCCAUCUGACGGGUCCGCUUUACCGAUCCCCUCUACACCUUCAUCAAUGAUAAACUUCUCUUCCCUUGCUAAACCCUUUGAAAGAACUGACAACUCUCAUAGGUUACAGGAGACUUUAACAUCGACUGAAAAAUUACUGACCCCUCGACUUCCUUCUCGUGUGUCUAACAAUAAUGUUAAUAAAAUAUCUGAUGGAGUGCAACUCCGAACUAAGAGUGAUAACAAAAAGGUAGUGUCACUAACAACUGGUUUCUCAAUACGACGUAAUCCAAAUAACUCUUACAAUCCAUAUACUUUGACAGUUCUGACGCGUCCAUUUGAUCAUUUUAAUAAAUCGAAACCGGCUCAUGUCCCUGAAAAUAAUGAUAGGCAAAAAAGUGUGAAUACUUAUUUAAUUGAUGAUGAAAAUGAUGCUCGUGAAAUAUCCAUAGAAUCACAAGAAGAUACGUAUAUUGGAAGUCGAGAAUUGGCUGAUGCUUCAAUGCGAAGGAAAGAUUCCAGUCCUGAAAUCAUAAGUGAAGAAGACGAUAUUCCAAUUUAUGUACGCCCAACUACAAAAACAAGUUUAAAACCUAGAAUCAAAUUAGUUCCCACGUCAUCUACUCCCGGCACUACCAAAUAUUACCUUAAGACUGUUAUUAAGAGGCCAGCCCCAUUUGGGGCAAGUAGUGAACAAAAUGAAGAUUCGACAGAAAAUUCAGUCAAUACUGACGUUUUGAUUGAAGCCGGCUUACAAAAUGCUCGAGCUAAUGGUCAUUUAAAUUCACAAGUAAAUAAUUCGGUAACCACUGAAGCCCCGUCGUGGAUUGAAUAUAAUGAAGGAGAGAGAAAGUGGGAUAAACCCGCGGUGUCUCCUUACAGAACAUUAGAUAAUUUGAGAAACGCUUACAAUAAGAAAGAAAAUCUGGUUCGAGAUACUACAACUACUGCAUCUACAACUCGUUUUACAACUACUACUACGCCUAAAGAAAUUAUUAGGCAGUAUGUUAGAACAGAAGGCAAGACGACGUCAAAACCAGCAUAUUACAGUUAUCGUGUAUUAGAUGACGAUAUGCCAGAUCAGACCACUGAGGUCUUUAGUGGAACCGUAAAAAGUAUAAUAAAAGCAUUCUUCGACAAUUUUUCUGUAACUCCGAAACCUCAACCCGUAGAACAAUAUAGAACUCCAACCCCUGUAAUAACAACUACUCUACAACCUGUAGAAAAAGUCGUAAACAUUGGAUUCCAAAAGAAACCUUUUAAAUAUGCUGAUGAAAAACCUUUGAGAAAUAACGUUAAACGUUUGCAAAUCAUAACAGAGCCUAGUGUGAACCGAUUUGUUUAUCCUAGCGAGGAAACUGUCAGGUUUACUGAAAGAAAUACAGAGUACUUCAAAGAUUUUUCAUCGACAUCAACGACCCCUGCUCCUUUAACUGACGUUCCUUUAGUUUCCGCUAUUCCAGAAACGACUCCCUAUGGAAAGGCAAAUAAUGAAUAUGAUAGUAUACCUAGCAGAGAUACAAUUCAAUCCAAAUUUAGUGUUUUUGCCACAAAUAAGCCUGAAGUUCCAACUGUAGAUACAUUUGUAGAAAAUUCUCGUAAAUUCAACAAAAUUAUCAACGACGAAUCAGUGCAAUCUAACUAUCGUGAUAAAGUUUCUUAUAAUAAUAAUUUAGAGAACGAAGUAACUAAACUGACGCAAGUUGAGCCCACCAAGACAACGACUGAGUUUGAAUGGAUCCGACCUACUAAUAAAGUGGUGAGUGAAAUCGCAACGACAACUAGUACGACUAAAUCGACGACUGUAAAAGUUGAACCAACGACGUCUACGACUAAAAGCAUAUCCUUCCCCACACGACCGUCGCGAGUCAAUCCCGCCAUAAAGUUAGCUGCGACAAACCCUGGAGGUGGGCGCAGGAGUUACCAAUCGUCGUCCAAAUGCUCAUCAGACAACAGUCUGCAAGCGAACCCAAAAUGCAACGAAAUCAAAUACCAGAGGCCUACCAGCACUCGUGGACGAGGCUCGGCUCACUACUCAACUUUGAGCGGAUCUGACACUCCUCAACAGCCGACUGCAAACAGAGGAACACCACCAACUCGCAGCCGUCCUACCUUGAAGCCGUCGACAGCAGUUGUGACCAAUCCGAACCCGAUUGUAGACGUGUAUGCUCAUCCGCCAAGACGGCCAUCGCCUGUCUACCCUCAACCUACUCCUGACAAGACUGCAGCUAAGUGCAGGAAGGAUGUCUGUUUACUGCCCGAUUGCUACUGCGGUGGGAAGGAAAUACCUGGCGACUUACCGGUGGAGACUGUACCACAAAUCGUUCUCUUGACAUUCGACGAUUCAGUAAACGACUUGAACAAGGGUCUUUAUGCAGACUUGUUUGAGAAAGGUCGUGUGAACCCUAACGGAUGUCCAAUCAGUGCCACGUUUUACGUGUCGCACGAGUGGACCGAUUACAGCCAGGUACAAAACCUAUACUCAGCUGGACACGAGAUGGCCUCACACACGAUUUCCCAUAGUUUUGGAGAACAAUUCUCCCAAAAGAAAUGGAACAGAGAAGUGGGUGGUCAGAGGGAAAUUCUCUCUGCUUAUGGUGGUGUCAAACUGGAAGAUGUCAGAGGCAUGAGAGCGCCUUUCCUCUCAGUCGGUGGUAACAAAAUGUUCAAGAUGUUGUACGACUCCAACUUUACCUAUGACUCGUCUUUGCCCGUUUAUGAAAACAGACCACCAAGCUGGCCUUACACUCUUGAUUACAAACUGUUCCACGACUGCAUGAUUCCUCCUUGUCCUACGAAAUCAUAUCCUGGCGUCUGGGAAGUGCCCAUGGUGAUGUGGCAAGAUCUGAACGGUGGACGAUGCUCCAUGGGUGACGCAUGUGCCAAUCCGCCUGAGGCUGAAGGCGUUUACAAAAUGCUUUUGAAGAACUUUGACAGACAUUACACUACCAACAGGGCACCAUUUGGUCUCUUCUAUCACGCCGCCUGGUUCACCCAGCCUCACCACAAGGAGGGCUUCAUCAUGUUCCUGGACUUCAUUAACCAGAUGCAAGAUGUCUGGAUCAUCACCAACUGGCAAGCGCUGCAGUGGGUGCGAGACCCCACUCCCAUCUCCAGACUUAACAACUUCCAACCGUUCCAGUGCAACUAUCAGGAUCGGCCCAAGAAAUGCAACAAUCCCAAGGUGUGCAACCUAUGGCACAAGUCCGGGGUAAGGUACAUGAGGACCUGCCAGCCCUGUCCUGAAGUCUACCCAUGGACUGGCAAAACAGGCAUCAAGUCCUCGAGAAUCGACAAUGACAUUGAAGAUUAAAUCCUAACAAUAGUUUAGAACAAACUCUGAAAUUGUAUCCAUCACAGAACAUACCCUAGUAGGUAUUACAAGCCAACAAGGCAAAAACUUUGUUUUGUCACCAACUAAAGAGUGCCAUUUAGAUUUUGAUGGUCACAAAGCAAGUUUUGCUCCUGAACAAUUUCAUAAAUAUGUGAUUCGAAUUUCUAUUAGUUUAAUGUGUUUAUUCUUCAUGUCUAGCGACCUGUCGUGUAAUUGUAUUGGAAACUGUGAUAUUAAGUGUUUUCAAUCGUUUGAGUGAACAACGUUAAAAAUCAACAUGAUUUUACUUGCAAGAUUUGAGAUUUAAAAGAAUUUGUGCAAUUCAAUUUGCAAUAUUAUAUUUUCCUAUUUUGUGUUCGUAGAUGUUAUAGUUGUAAUAGAAAUACUCUUUGAAAGGCGGACGGAGUAGAUAAUUGAUAGUAUUUUUUAUACUUUAUCUUAUAGUGAUAUUCAAUCAGCAAUUUUCAGUAUUUCAUCAAGUCUAACGAUGGGUCUGUGUUCAUCUAACGCAACCUGUAACAGAUUACCAUUUUCGAUAUUUUUAUACGAAAGCCAUAUUAAAAUUUAGAAAAUAUUUUUUUCUAAUCUUGCCAGCUUCGUGGUUGACACUGCCUUUUACGAAUUGUAAAUAUAGUAUUAUGUUUAGUUUGUAUUGUUAAGGAUAAGUUUGAUAUAGUUUUUUGCAAAAAGAUCAUGUAUCCGAUACACAUUCGAUAGCUUCAAUUCUUUGGUUUCGAAAUUGUUUGCUAAACAGAAUUCUUUGAUGAUUGUAUUAUUUAGUAAAUUGAUUUUGUAUUAGUAUUGCGUAGACGUCUGACCACAUCGCUAAGUGAUGUAGCACAUGUCUAUGCGAGUGCUAAAAGUAUUUCGAAGUUUGAGGUCAUGUGAAUAUUUUAGCUUAAAAUUUUCGGUGAAUUUCUGAUUUGAGUCAUAAUAAUAAAUAGAUCUCUUCUACGUCCUAUUGAUAACUUUUGCAAAACUGCUGUAUUUUUUUUAUUUUCAUACAUAUUAUUAAAACUUUACAAGACUCAAGCAGUAUAUUUACUAUUUAACUAUUUUAUUUCAAUUAGUUUAAAGCUUUGGUUUGCUAUUGCAACUAAAGUUAAAAAGCGCUUGCUACGAAUCUAUUUAAAUUUUAGUAUUUAGUUAGUAAAUUAAGUCCUACUAUUGUAAAUAUAGGUAUAGUAUUUAAAAUCGGUAGUUUCACUUUUUAUAUUUCGAUGUAAUCUCUUACUUUUCAAGUGAUUUCAAUUUACUCUUAUACGGCUAUUGCAAUUGUACUUCGGACUUGGACAUGAUUUAAGCACUGAGACCUAUUUUGAGACAUCUUGAGUCGAUGGAGUGUUCUAUUCUAUAUCGGUAAACCUUAUUUAUGUAGAAGAAUUGUAAAGAAAGUAUCGACCAGUGCUGAUCAAUAAAAUGCUGUAAACAAAA